UUAAAAUCGCGCGCCAACACAUAUAGACAUUACCCGCACUUUUAUAGCUCCGCAAAGCUUUGUUGUUUUCAUUGUUGUUGGUGUUCACUGCGAAGCUUCGAAAAUUCCCGGCCAACGCAUUUUGGUGAUCAGGUUGUUUGGUCGGCGUCGAAAAAAUCGGUAACAAAAAGGGAUAACUCGUGUGUUGGCCUGGUAAAUCUGACCAACCGGUAAAAAUGACGCUGUCACUAUUGCCCUACGACUUUGACGAGGUGCGCAUCUUCGACGACAAGCUCAGUGACCUCGAAAUCAUCAGGAAGAUCAUAGCGAUCGAGAACCUCGAGGAUCCCUUUCAUAUGUUCGACGUCGGGGACGUCGUGCGCAAACACAGGCUCUGGACCGACAAAAUUCCUCGAGUCGUCCCUCACUACGCUGUGAAGUGCAACCCGAACCCAACAGUGAUAAAAACACUGGCCGCGUUGGGCGCGAGCUUCGACUGCGCCUCCAAGCAAGAAAUAGUGCAAGUCAUGGCGUACGGGGUACCAGCCGAUAGGAUAAUCUUCGCUAACCCCAUAAAGACCCCCUGCCAGAUCAGGUACGCCCAGAAGGUCGGCGUCUCGAAAAUGACCGUCGACAGCAUGUGGGAGCUGAGGAAAAUCAAGGAGUUUUACCCGGAAGCCAAGGUAAUAAUCCGUUUUCGGUGCGACGCAUUGGUAUCUGACGCCUACCUCGGCGCAAAGUUCGGCUGUGAUCCAGACGAGGAGGCCAAGCUCCUGAUCCGCGGCUGCCGGGACCUCGGCCUGGACCUCCACGGCUUCAGCUUCCACGUGGGCAGCCCCUGCGGCGAAGUCCUCGCCCUCAGCCGCGGCAUCGGGCUGUGCAAGGGCCUCAUCGACACAGCCCGCGACUACGGCUUCUACAACGUCCAGCUGAUCGACAUCGGCGGCGGCGUCCCCGGAGAGGCCGACUUUGUCCUCGACGAGUUCGCAGACGUGAUAAACGAGGCCCUGGAGGACGUGGACCCGUCGAUCCGAGUGAUCAGCGAGCCGGGACGCUAUUACGUGACCUCGGCCUUCACCGCAGUCGCUUACCUCCACGGGAAAAAGACGACCGUAGACAAGAACGGCUUCGAGCAUAAUAUGUAUUACGUCAACGAUGGCGUCUAUGGCUCGUUCCUUGAGGAGCUGCUGCAGCUAAAAUCGCGAGUACCCCAAGCUGUCGAUGAGAGUCGCGAGACCCAGGACAAGCACUUGUCGACUUUGUGGGGCCCAACCUGUGACUCGUUGGACUGUAUACUUAAAGACGUGAUGAUGCCAGAGUACCAACUUGGCGAUUGGCUCUACUGGAAAGACAUGGGCGCAUACUCGACCUGCCUUGGAACUAAUUUCAACGGCUUUGGAGUGCCCAUCAUCUUUCCCGUUAUGCGAAGAAGUAACUGGAAUGAUUUUAUGUCAGAGAUCAGUAAAAACAAUCAAGUGAUAGUAAGAGAAAUCGACGAUGAGGCUAGCGAUCAUCCCAAGUCGGAUAGCGAUGAAGCCAGCGAACUACGGAGCAACAACUCAAAUUGCAGCAUGUAGCCUCUAUGAUGGUGCACUUCUCAACAAUGUAGUUUCAAGUCCACCUAAUUUUACUAUCAAUUUAUACAUAUAUUUUC